AUGCAAUCUUCUUCCCAGCAUAUCAUCCUCCCCUUCUGCUGCCCCUCAAGCCCCAUCCCACAAUCCAGUCAACCUUCAAAAGAACUAUCCACAUUCCUCGCUGCUCUCCACGUACUUCGAGAUGCUCAACCAUUGACGCCUGCAUUACCCAGAAUCGCCGCCUCCACAUCCUCUUCCUCGAUAACAACAUCGGCUUCUCCAACCUCCUCAUCAUCUACUAUAAAUCCUAACAACAAAACUACCACCACGACCAAACCAACUCUUCUUCCUCUCUUCUCACCCUACCCAACCACCAAUCCCCUGCCUAGAACUCUCAUUCUCCUCCAGACCACACAUCCUUCUCCAGGUCCAAACCAACAGCGUUCCUUAACACAGCAGUAUUUCGCCCAGUUAUCAGGAAAGGAUUACUGGGCGCUACAGAUGUGGCCACAGGAAGAAUCUGGGAGUGUGAGUGAGAGGAGGAUGGAGGCACUUUGGGCUAAGGGCGGGAAUUGGGUUGGGAGAGAGAGUUUGGGGCCGUGGGGUGGAGGGGGAAGGGAUGGGGAUGGGAAUAAAGGCGUGUUAGGGAGUGGGAGAGACAAGGAUGAAAGAGAGGAAGGAAAUGGACAGGGAGGUAACGGAGAUAGGGUGGGUUGGAAGUGUGAGUGUGGACGGGAGUAUUGGGUUAGGGUUGUUAGGUUUGUGGAGGAGGAGAGAGGGUCGGAAGAUGGGGAAAAGGGAGGGAAAAGUUUGGGUGUUGGUGACUGGGAGCUUGUUGAUUAA